AUGCCCCGGAAGGCCACUGGCAAGCACAUGAAGAAGACCGGCAAGGACGAGAGAUUCCUCCAACAUCAGGAGGAGAUUUCCGAGCGCCAGAACGUUCCUGCCAUCGAGGACCGGCCUCUGGAGAAGGCCAAGGAAGCGCUACCACGCUCCCAGGCCACUUCGAAGCCUCCCCCCACCACUGCGGCAACCCCUAAGCCUGCCAGCAACACCUCGGCACCUGCUGCCCCUGCUGCAACCGCACCCGCCGCUCCUCGCAAUGCCGCGAAGCCUCACCUGCGCUCGAGCUCGGGCACUCGAGUGAGUCUCGCGGCAUUCGAGCGUGACAGUGAUCCAUGGGCACGAGAAACUGUGGCCCUACUGAAGAAACAGGAAGACGAGGAGUACCAGAACUUCGAGGCCUGGCUAGCUCGUAAGCGUGCCACACAGCGUGCUGCAAUCCACGCGGCACAUGCAAGCACGAGCUCGGCACAAACACCGACUGAGAGCCCUAACCAUUUGGAGCAGCAGGCGGUGACAACAAUCGGAGAUUGGCUGCUCAACAAGGCCAAGGACGCAGCACCAGUUGCCGCCGACCUUCCCGAACCAGCAGCAGUUACCACGCCAGCCGACGCAGACGCGCCGGCUAGUGCACAUGCCGAGACGUCAGUUGACGAGGCCAUGGACACCACGGCGACCUCGCGUAAGCGGGGACGCGAGGAAGACGCAGCGGAGGGCCCGCGGAAGCAAGCGAACCCUCACGCAACAGCGGCAAUCACAACAACAGCUGCUGCAGCACCUGCUCCCUCCCCCCCCAUGCGGGACGACGCGUCGAGCUCGACAGCAACUCCCGCAGUCCUCCUCGCGCAGGCGGCCUCCGCCGACUAG